CUCGCGCCACAAUAUUUGACUAGACCGCGAACCAGGCUAGCUGGCUAACAGACGGUGUACAUGUACGUUCCGCCGCGCCGCACGGCGAUGUAAACAAGGCGGAAUCGGGGGCAAAUUCCAAGUCAAGCGGCGGGACGAUUCGAACGGAUAGUCAAAUCAUGGUCAAACUAAAGCAAAACAUUUAGAAAUUAAAUGGGUGAUAUGCAAACGUCCACCAAUGAUCUAGCCGGUUUUAAGGGAUUGUCAGUGAGGUUGAAGAGUUUGAGCCACUAGUGUUAAGGCUGGUUUUGGCUCUACAACUUCAUUGAGUGACUGAGACUUCCACAGGUAGACAUCAUGGUGAACGGACUAUCAGACUGUCUACAGGAAGCCAACCUGGCCCAGUAUACGGACAACUUUCUCCAGCUUGGCGUCUGCAGCGUGGACACGCUGAGCAGCCUGACCAUCCAGGAGUAUCCCCGCUUCGGCAUCACGGACCUGGCCGACAAGAAACGCCUCUUCCGAUUGGUUCACAUCGUCAAGAGGGUCAAGGCGGACAAGGGAAGGGCUCCAGAUGUGGACAGUCAAAAGAGGAAGACUUCACAUCUGAAGCAGUUAUUGCCGUGUGAUAAUGACCAUCAGUAUACCCAGCAAAGAGAUGACAUGCAGACAGACCUUGUGCCUCCACAAAGUGCCUUAAAAAACCUGGAAAAAUCUCCCACACCAAAGGGUCCCGGAGUGAGUUCCAAAGACAACUCUCAGGGUUUGAAGGGACAACGGAGCUCUUCCCAGCUCAAAGGAACAGACAGCCUUCUUUCAGUAGCCAGGCAGGAGCUGAAAGCAGGGGUGCUGUCACCCAGCACUGUCCGUAAGCUGGAGACAACGGGUGGUAUCUUAUUUGUCAAACCUACCUCCGCCUCUCCGAAGGUACACCCAAACAAUCGCCUGAAACACAGCAGCGCCAGGAAAAGGUUGGUCUUGCAGGAGUCGCUCUCGGACUCCGAAAUCAGUUAUUCGGAUUCCCCAGAUGGCUCUUCUGUCGCUGUCGACAGGACAAAUUUCGGAGCUCCCCAGAUACUGAAGAAGAGUUUCAUCGAGGUGAUCGACCACGGGGACAAUUCUGUGUACAAUUACGGGGUUCCGGGACAACCUAUCAAGCAGCAUGGGACACCGCAGAGCUCUGGCCAAAACGAGGCGGAGAGGAUUAAAGUUUGCGUCAGGAAGCGGCCGUUGAGCAAGAAGGAAGAAAGAGACAAGGAGAAAGACGUCAUCCAAAUGGAGGGACGGGGGACUUUGGUCAUUAACGAGGCUAAAGUGGCAGUAGAUCUCACAAAGUUCAUGCAAGUGCACAAGUAUCAUUUUGAUGAAACCUUUGGAGAGUCUUGCAGCAACCAAGAGGUCUAUGCUAAGACUGCCAAACCUCUCAUCGCGACCAUGUUCAACAGGGGUAAAGCCACCUGUUUUGCCUAUGGCCAGACCGGCGCUGGCAAGACCCACACGAUGCUAGGCAACCACGGCGUCAAAGGCCUCUAUCUACUAGCCGCCGAGGAUAUAUUCAAUACGCUCAACGCGUCCGGGCAGAGCGGCAAGGAGUUGGCAGUGUGGGCCAGCUAUUUUGAGAUUUACUGCGGGCAACUCUUUGAUCUGUUGAAUGAACGCCAAAGGGUACAUGCCAGGGAAGACGCCCAGCACCGUGUGUGCAUAGCUGGCAUCAAAGAGGUGCACAUCAGUGGCCCACAAACUCUCAUGCAGGUUGUUGAGCAGGGUAAUAAACAAAGGAGUAAGGGUGUGUCAGGGGUGAAUGCUGAUUCCUCUCGAUCACAUGCCAUACUACAGCUGCAACUACAGGAUGGAGGCAGGCGCAAACUAGGAAGGUUCUCCUUCAUUGAUCUUGCUGGCAGUGAGAGGGCAUGCGACACCGCGGAUCCUGACAAAGUCACACGCUAUGAAGGUGCAGAGAUCAACACAAGCCUACUAGCGCUGAAAGAAUGCAUCAGGGCCUUGGACCAAGAGCAGCGCCACACACCGUUUCGUCAGAGCAAGUUGACACAAGUGUUGCGGGAUUCGUUCCUGGGUCACUCCAAGACUUGUAUGAUUGCUAACAUUGCCCCCAACAGCAGUGCCGUUGAACACACACUGAACACGUUGAGAUAUGCUGAUAGAGUGAAAGAACUGAAAAAGGAGACUUCAUCUCAGCAGCCGGUGUCUCCCUAUCCAUCAACCCCGAACACAUUUAGUCCAGGCACCACAUCAACACCAGUCAAGAUGCUGAAAAAGCAGUUGCCAUCCCCCAAAGUGGCCCAUCAAAGUCCUUCCGUCAGGAAGGUUACCCCUGUCAAGACUGUAAGCUUUGAGAAGUCAGCUGACAAAUCUGGCUGCCAACAGAAGGACCCUAGGAGUAUGAGAAAACUUGAUGAGAACCAGAAUGGGGUGUUCAACUCCAGAAGGAAUAUCGGCCACGGAGACAGGAAGAACACUGAGACACCGGCUCGCAAACCGAUGCCAAGAAUAAACGAUGCAGUGAAUCAGAGCCAGAACUCAUCCAGGAGAUCUUCGACUGGAAAGAAGGGUCCGAGUGUUUCCCCGGACAGUCUCAAGAACAACAGCGAGAUGCAGUCAAAAAGAAGUGAGGAGGCCAAAGUGCACACCAAAGAGGCAUUCCUUCACGGUCAGUCCCUGCCUGUUUGGUAUCCUCCCGAGGAACCCGAGAAGGCGAAGGUUCAGACUAAGACUGUUGGAGAAGCUUGGGAGGUAGAAAAUCCAAGGUAUGCUCAUAGCCCCAAGAUGCAGAAGGCUGAUCUAGGAGCCAGGACCUCUCUGAGAGAUACCACAGAAGGUGCUCUUGGAUGUGUGUCAUCUGCUGAAAGCAAAUCUGCAAUUUCUACCCAGAAGUUUGACCAACAGGUCGGCUAUAUCAGCGCAAGUGAAGCAUAUGCAGCUGACCAGGAAUCCGGGUUUUCAGCAGAUGAUGAGAUGACCAGGACCAGGUCUAGGAGGAACGAUUCGAGUGCCGUGAAGCACAGCCUGCAGUCCAGGCUUAGCGAGACCAGCUGCAGCACAGAUACGGACAGCACCAUGGAACUCUUGGCCGAGAUCGAUCAUGCCCUCAGGAACUCCCUCGUUUCUCCUGUGGAUGAUAACAAACUGGCUGGGGGUUACCCAUCCCAUGGAUUGUCCCACGGCAAGUAUGAUGAAAAAGCCAGGAGCAGUCAGAGAAGCAGGACACGGUCUGCACCCACACCGGAGCAGUUUCCAAAACACCAAAAUGUGCCUAUUACAACAAAUAACGAAACCUCCCCAGUUAACCAUCCAGAAGUUUGCAUUAAGAGACAAGACCCAAAAACUGACACGCCCAUAAACAAUCAGUUGUACAAAGCCAGCAAAGCUGAUACUACCUCACCCAACCAUGCUCAAACUAGAAGCGUUGUAAAUCGAAGAGACCCUGUGGCAAGCCAGAGCCCUAGUGGUUCUUUCAGGAGUAAACUCACUGUGAAAGGUAUUGAGAGCCUUCCCUCACCAAGGGAUGUCCAAAGAACCACAUCUCAAUCUGUCGGUGGGCCCAAUCAAGAAGUAACCGAUGCUAAUGAAGCUGUGGAUUCUUCACAGUGGCUAGAGCAGCCUGCGAAAAAUAUUGAGAAUCAGAGUGGCGUUAUCGUGUCAACAAGUUUUCAUGAUUACGUGUCAUCGACUGGGUCUUACCAACCUUCCCAGUCAGAGCCAUCUGCCAUUCAGACGCCUGAACACCUGAAGAUUAGAGGCUAUAGAGGAUUGUCCUCUAAUCCCAGAAAUGUGCUCCAGUCUCCAGUUACUGUGGAGGUCCUGCGGUCAGAAUCCAGACCGUCGGCCUUCCAUCCUGUUUCAGAUUUUGCGGGGGGUAACACCUCUUCAUCUGUGUCGAGCAAACCUGUACCAGCUAAGGCCUUCACCAAGGAAUCUCUAAGUAGCAGUGUUCAUCAAGAGCUAAUCAGAUCUGAGGCGGAUUUCCAGCAGUCGCCAAUUGCCAAAGAAAAGGUUCUUGUCCGGCAUAAUCAUGAUGACUGGCUGAGCUCUAAUCUCCCUAGCAACAGCAGUAGUCAGGGGAGAGGAUUUACUGUCAGAGAGGGAGUUAUUGAAGGUCUGGUGCCAAGACUUCAACUGCCCAACAUGAUGACCAGCAGCACUGACGAUGUGAGCCAGGAUUUGCUGUUACCAAGACAGAACUCGGCCAUGGAGAAAGCCACGGAGCUGUUGGUGUCGGCUCAUGCCGAGCAGAUUGAUGAACUACAGCGACUGUGUGAGAGGGAAUGGAGGCUGAUCAAGCAACUACACAACGGGGAAAAGGGUUUAUCCGAGUACCUAAGCUAUGCCAGAGACUUGAUGUCAAGCAAGCUGCGAUGUAUUGACACCUUUCAAGAUCAGCUCAGCACGUUCCGUUGCUCAACCCCGAAUGUAUCACCGAGGUCAGGGUCCCCAUUGCAGGUAUAGGGGAGGAACGAACUGCUACACCAUACGCUGCAACUACCUUGGCACAUUGUACUGAACUCACAAGUCAUUACCAAGUUAUCCAGUGUUAAGUCAAGUGACAAAGUUUUUCAGUUGAAUUAUAACAAAGGCAUUCCUUCAUCACUGUUCAUUCUCUUUUACUUGUUCCUGAUGAAAGAUUUCAGUGGUGAUGGACAUAUGAUCUAACUUUUGAUGGACUUGACCAGACAAUCAUUAUGUGUUAUGACUGACGGAAGGAGUGGUUUUCUAUGUCAAAAAUAAAAACGUCACAAGCCAAUAUGGCCCAUCAUGCUGGCAUAAUUCUCCAGUUUCGUUUCCGUUCCCCUGGAGUGGAUGUCAGUCCAUGACAUGGUUACUCCCCAGCUAAUGCUGGUAUCCAUUUAUACUCCUUGGUAGAGAGGGGCAAGUCGGAUGAAGUGGCUUGCCCAAGGACAUGGCCUACUUGGCCAGACUCGCCCCUAUUAAGUCCACAAGGACCAUCUUACUGUACAUUCCAUUGUAUAAAUAAAUACCGAGUUUUGAAAUAAAAGAGUGUGUGAAAACUUUCAACUUACCUGUUUCACUUCGAAAACUGCUUUUGAACUGCUGUACAUUGAGACCAUUAAUGAUUUCAGUAGAUUGGAUGUCUUAAAGAGUUGUUUAUUUGAUAAAAAGUUUCCUUGCAAAAAAAAAGGUGAUGUUGAAUUUUCAAUUUCUGAAGAUGACAUAAUUUUGUUAAAUCUUGAUCUUGCUUUCAAUGGUACAGUGAUCACCGCACAAAACAUGGCGUCUGUAAAUUCUAUGACACCAGUGAAAUACUUUGUUAAUUAGGGGUGCAGGCCAGUAAAUAGGCCCAAAACUGCCUACGCCGGUCAAAUGACAAUUUGCAUGCGCUCAAAUUCUCUGCAGUUAGAGUAGUUUGUGGGUCAUGAACUUGAGGGUUUGUAGAAAAAGGAUGGAAGCCGUGACCAGGACUGUGAGCUUGUAUUUAAGUGAAAUUGGGAUGAAAUUGUGCCCUAAAUUUGGUCUAUUUUGUAAUGAGCUUUAAGGCAUCAUUUCCCAAAAUGGUCAUGGGCUUCAGAACUACUACUUUUAGAGGUGAUCAUCUUUGGAUGGAAAUUUAUCCCAAAAGUCAUUGGAUUACCCAACAAAAAUUUAAAAUAAAAUAAAAGAUGAUGAAAUAAGCUUUAAUGUGAUGUGUGUUUCAAACACCUUGGAGAGUUGUAUUUUCCUCCACUUCUUGGAAGUGGGUGAUUUAUCAUCACAGGGGGUCUAUGGCAGUGUAUUUACUGGACAGCAACCUAUAUAUUACGAGUGUCUUACAAAAUAAUGUGCAACCAAAUAUAUGUACAACAGUGCAUGGAUGUACUCCCUUUUUACUUCGACUAAUUUACUUUCUCUAUUGUUUGUAUUUGUAAUUGCACUGUUUAAAAAAAAGGGUUUUCCUGUGGUGUAUUCAAUAAGAAUAUAUAUUUUGCAGCUAUAAUUUCGUGACUUUAGUUUCUGUUCGUUUUUUUUUUUACGAGUGCAACUUGUAAAAGGGCUAACUUGUACAUAUUCUUUAUAAGUGUUCAUAAUUCAUGAACUGUUUGCGUCUUGAAAUCGCGUAUCGCAUUCUUGAAUUAACUUUUAAAAGAAUAAUGGGGCGAUUCCUUUGCUAGAAAGCUGUUAUACAUUAAAUACAGUAACGUUUGCGAUAGUUCCGAAA